AUGGCCACUGUUACUGUCUCAGAGAUCGCAACUCAGGCGGCCACCCUGCGCGCCGAACUCAAGGAGUGGGAGAGGGAAUUCGCGGCCGCAAACGGAGGCAAGAAGGCAGGACGAGGCGACAUCAAGAAAGUCCCCGAGAUAGCUGCGAAAUACAAAGAAUACUCGCGACUGAAAUCCGAAGAAUCAGCACCGAGCAAUAAGAACGACAAGUAUUCAAAAUCGAUUGAAUCGGAAGAGCGAUCAAAGAAGCGCAAACACUCUUCGCCAAACGGACCAGAACAGUCCCAGAGCCAUAAUCAGACGACAUCCACGCCACGAAAAUCCGGCGCGGGCAUAUUUCAGACCCCCUCAAAAACCAAAACUACGCACCCGGCCGAUGUCGACCCUUAUGAUUCCCCAUCCGUAUUACGGCGGCUAUUUAGCCCCUCCACUCAUAUGCAAGCCUCCCCCUUUAAGACAGCCAUUGGACCGACACCACAGCGGGAUGGGAAAGCGCUCGGCCUAUUCGAUCUUCUCUCCGAAUCAGGCGGUAGCACCGCUACGCCCUCUGCGACCAGGAUAGCGAGUCUUAAAGGUAUGGCUGCUCAAACACCGUCGAAAAGGCGGAAGACGAUGGAUACUAUUGUGGAGGAGGAAGAAGAAGAGGAGGAAGAUACACUGAGAGUGAACCGAACACCAGCGUCAUCAGGAAAGAAGUACAUGCUUUCUGCUCUCUUUGCGACUCCAACGGCUUGGAAAUACUCGUCAAUUGUCGAUGAUGGGGCUUCGAGGGGGGCUAUGGGCAACAAUAAUGACACGGAACAAAGUCCACAACCUGCACGAAAUGCUGAUCCUGCCACUACAAGUCUUGAGACGCCAUCUUUUCUUCGCCGAUCCACAUCGGGUCUAACGGGAUUUGAACAAAGCGGACUGAGUCUAUUACCCGUCCGGAAACCUCAGCAGUUCGUGGGCAAAGGCCUGUCACAGCUUGUCCAGGGACUACGGGAUAUGGAAGAGGAACGACUAGAAGAUGAAUGGGAUGUGCUUCGCGAGAUCGAAAUCGACCAAACGGAAGCAGGCGUCGAUGUGCCUGAUAGUCAGGCAGCUGAUCCCAGCGCCACAGGACGUAAAUUCAAGAAGAAGGGGCAGAAGCGGACGACCAGAUUAGUGCGCAUGAGGCCCGUCGUGCCGCCGAAGCAAACAACUGCCAGACUCCAAUCCCAGUCACAGUCACAGUCACAGUCACAGUCACAGUCACAGUCACACCCUCGACCUCAACGUGCUUCUACACCAGUUGUCGAAACCGGGGAGUUUGAUGAACUGGGACUAGACGAUAGCGACCUCCUCGCCAUCGCCGAAACGCAAAUAGAUGGUCCGAAGGCCGAUAAUCCGGAACCUUUUGAAGAUGACGAUCUGGGCUCUCUCCAUUCAAUCUCCGAUGCCGAGCCGGACUCAGACUCAGAUCCAGAUUAUGACGCGGAGUCGAAACCGCUGGGCCGGAGUAAGAGCUUCUCUGAGAAAAUGAGGGAGGCUAUCGGAGCUGCAGGGCCAGGUAGCGAUGCGAAACAAGCUCAAGAGCGGGAGCAAAGGACGAAGGCCAAGGAACAGGAGAGAGACAAGGAGAACAUAGAUACGAAUGCGAAGAAGCCAUCAACGAGGAAAUACAAUCCCCAGGCCCAUGCGAACUAUCGGUCAUUGAAGAUCCGGAAUAGAGGAGGCAGAGCUGGAGGACGUCAGUUUGGGCGGUUCCGACGGAGGUAA